GCCUGGAUCACUGCUGGUACACUGCAGUCGAUAUGCAGCUUCUCCUGAUUCUCCCUCUGUUGCUGCUGCCUCUCGGUCUCCACCGCGUCGCAGGCCUCUGCUGGCUGGGCGCGGUGAGCCUCGGGUCCAUCCUCACGCCCAUGAGCAUCAUCCUGGUGCACGACCUCCCCCCGGUGCCGCUCCACGUCAUGUCAGAAUCCAAGAAAUUCGAGUAUAUGUGGAGAGUCUACUUGACCCCUUGGUGCCGCGCAGGGCCGUGGCUGGCCGGGGUCUGGACGGCACUGGCACUCUACGACCGGGCGUUGGCCAAGGUCAAGAUCCCCAAGCUGGCGGUGUUCCUGGGCUACCUCGCCGCCAUCUCCCUGGGGCUAGGACUCGUGCUAGGACUCUACCCUUACAACCACGUGAUGCCCGACAAGUCCUACGUCGACAAUCCAGCGAUGUCGGCCGCUUACGGAGCGCUCGCGAGGCCGGUCUGGGGGCUGUGCGUGGCGUGGGUGGUGUUCACGUGUCACACCGGAAACGCAGGUGUGGUGAACAAGGUCCUUUCGUACCCUGGCUGGAGACCCCUCGGCCGCCUUACCUUUACCAUGUACUUGACGGUCCCCCUUGUGCAACUCUGGUGGUCGUCUGUACAGUUCCAGCCUGUUUACUACAACUACUUAGAAAAGCUGUUCCAGUCGGCAGGCGUGGCUUUCAUCGCAGGAGUCGUCGCCAUCCUUCUCUCGUGCCUGGUGGAGCUGCCUCUUAGGACGGUCCUGGAUGCGCUGCUGCCUUCUGAGGCUAAAAAACAGGAGGAUCGAAUCAAGCCGCAGAAGCGAGAUCCUGAAAGCGGCAAAUUCCUAUCAACUUCCAUGAUGUGAGGCGAGAAGGAGGACGACGAGGAGGAAGAAGAGGAAGAGGAGGAGGAGAAGAACGGGGAGGAGGAAGAAAUGGAGUGAGAGGACGAGGAGGACGAUGAG